UAAAUAUAUCACAUUAUAUAUAUUACAUAUCGUUGUUGUAUUGUAUGAGAGGUUUUUAUCUUUCUUAUAUUAUCCAAGCUAUGUACUUUCCGAUUUUUCUAACCGAACAUCAUCAAAGUAAAUUUAGAAUAGAAAAUACACGCUUAAAGUGAUAGUGAAGUAUCUAUUUACGUAGAUUCUUUGAUUUUUUGGAUUAUACAUUUAAUUAUGCAGGCAUUACAUGAAAGAGAUAAUUAUUUAUUUGGGACAUAUUGCGUAUAUUAACAAGCUUAAUAUAUGUGGCUAAAAAUUUAUAUAAGCAAAAUUUAUAUAAGCAAAAUUCGCAAAAUUUAUACCUGAAUAUCUAAACUUUUCAUUCUUUCGUGUCAUAAUAUUUAGCAUUAUUGAUAAAAUAAAAAGAAGAAAGAAAAGAAUAUAAAAACAAAACAGAAGAAAAAAAACGUUGCAUCAGUAUAGUCUUUAUACUGUAAUAUAAUAAAGUAUACCGAUUGUUUGCGAUUCGCACAGGUGGAUGAGAGAAUUAUUUAUGACGGGCGCUAAGCGUGAUUUGGAGGAAUCUGACAUUUAUCGACCACUUAAAGCAGACGAAUCCGAAAAACUGACCGAUCAUCUCGAGAAGUACUGGAAUCUCGAGCUCGAAAAACUGAAAAAUCUGGAAUAUACCGUGAGCAAAAACAAGCAGAAAAUGCCGCUGAAAAAGAGUGUCCGUCCGAAGUUAUACAGGGCUAUUUUCAAAGCUUUUUGGUUGCCAUAUUUUAUAAUUGGAAUCUUCACUUUUAUCCAAAGCAGUGUCAUACGUGUGACGAUACCGAUCCUUCAAGGUUGGAUCAUCGAUUACUUUGCCAGAGAUUCCAUUGCAAAAUACAAGACAGAGAUGAACGAGAUGCUGAUCUAUGUUGCUUCCUUGGUCAUUUGUAACGUCGUCUACAUUAUGAUGAUGCACCAUACAAUGAUACAGUCGCUGCAGAUCGGCAUGAGGAUUCGCGCCGCUUGUAGCUCGCUUCUCUAUCGGAAGUUAUUACGGUUGAAUAGAGCCUCCAUGAACCAAACCGGUAGUGGACAAAUUAUAAAUCUUCUCAGCAAUGAUGUAACUCGUUUCGAUGAAUUAACGAUGUACUUACAUUUUAUAUGGAUUAUGCCAAUUCAGAUGGUAAUUGUGGGAACCAUAAUGUGGCAAAAAGUUGGUAUUUUGAUCCUUGUUGGCAUCGCAUUCCUAUUGUUCAUCUCCCUAAUAAUACAAGGGACCAUCAGCUUGCUAAGUCACCGAAUCAGAGCCAUGAUCGCGCCACUGACUGACCGAAGAGUGCAACUGAUGAGUGAACUCAUUGCUGGGAUACAGGUAGUGAAGAUGUACGCCUGGGAAAAAUGGUUCAGUAAAAUCGUUGCGGUGAUCAGAGAAAUGGAGUUCAACAAGAUCAAAUUCUCAUCGUACAUGCGGGCCGUGUCUGUAGCCAUUAUAAUCUUCACCGAGCGACUAAAUCUCUACUUCACCUUGAUAACGUUUGUUCUAUUGGGAAAUAAUUUGUCUGCCAACGUGAGCUUUGAAAUGUUAAUACACUUUCACUUUCUUCGACAAACCGCCGCAGCAUAUUUUCCGCACGCAUUAAUAACGUUGGGCGAAUCGAUAGUGUCUAUGAACCGAUUGGAGGACUUCCUGUUAAUGGACGAAGUAAAUUUGGGACGCUCAGAGAAGACACCGCAGUUACAGUCUAAAUCUCAGAAACCCGACGAAGCAAAUAAUGAGGAGAAACAUACAGACAAGUACAUCUCGAAAAAUGGAAGUACUGGGCCUUCCGAGCCUCAAGGAUUACCUGUAGAUCUUUCGGUCUGCGUAAAGCUUCAGCACGUUUCCGCCAAUUGGUUAAGCGAUCAGUUGCCACCGACUUUGUGCAAUAUUAACUUGACUAUCAAGCCAGGCCAGAUGUGCGUUAUGAUCGGUGCAGUGGGCUCCGGCAAAUCAUCCGUGCUACAUCUGCUGAUGAAGGAGCUGGAUCUCGGCGCGGGUUCUGCGAGCCUCACACAUGGCUGUCCCAAAUAUAACUUUCACCACAAUUUAUCCAAUUGUUAUUUUACGAGUAAUUCGAAUCUGCGUAUUUCUUAUGCCAGUCAGGAGCCUUGGCUAUUUAAUGGAACUGUGAGGGAUAACAUAUUGUUCGGUCAGCUCUAUGACAAAGCCAGAUACAUGAAGGUGACAAGUGUGUGUGCCUUGAAAAAGGAUUUCCGGCAGUUUCCACAAGGAGACCUGACAAUUGUUGGCGAUAGAGGUAUAUUACUGUCCGGAGGCCAAAGGGCGCGAAUCAAUCUCGCGAGGGCGGUUUAUAGGCAGGCAGAUCUCUAUUUGCUUGAUGAUCCCUUGAGCGCGGUGGAUACUCGCGUUGCUAGGCAUCUCUAUUGGAAAUGCAUCAUCGAGUUUCUCCAUAGCAAAACGAGGAUACUCGUCACUCAUCAGUUGCAAUUUCUCAAACCGGCGGAUCACAUUGUCGUGCUGGAUCGAGGUUUCGUGAAGAUGCAAGGAAGUUACAACGAAUUAGUACAAUCAAACGAAGAUUUUAUUGGGAUGAUGGGCGAUUUGUGUCACGAUGCGCAGAAAAAAGAAAAAAACAUAAAGAGAACCUCUGUAAGCCAAAUAAUCACAAGACGUGCCUCGGAAUUAUCGACUACAAGUUCCAUUCACUCGAACAUUGAAUCGGAUCAUAUCGAGAACAACCCGGAAACCGAGAUGAUGGCACAUGACAAAAUACCCGGCGGAGUGUUCAAGGAAUAUCUGCAUCAUGGUGGCAAUUACUUUACCUUGUUUAUACUGUUGCUGGGCUUCAUCAUCAGCCAGAUCGCCACCACCGGAAAUGAUUACUGGCUCUCAUACUGGAUCACUUUGGAGGAUGUUAGGCGCAUCGAAAACACUAGUGACGCCAAAGAGUUCGCGCACAUGUACAACGACAGCUUCCUCGGGUCGAUCUUUACGCUGAAUCCAGACGGCCUGCUCAGCACUUUAGAUGCCAUAUACGUAUAUACAUUCUGCAUAAUCGCCUGCACCGUUACUACGUUGUUCCGCAGCUUUCUCUUCAUGAAGGUCUGCAUGAACUCGAGCUGGAAUCUCCAUAACAACAUGUUCUCCAAUCUGCUGCAGGCGCGCAUGUCCUUUUUCCACACCAAUCCUUCCGGGAGAAUUUUAAACAGAUUUUCGAAGAGUCCGUUGUUUUCGCAUGUGAAUGCCACGCUGAACGGUCUGCCGACGAUCAGAAGCAGUGGGGCUGGAAUCGAGAAGAUGAUGCGAAAACAAUUCGACGUGUUGCAAGACCGUCACAGCGGCAUAUGGUACCUCUUUUUAACGUGUUCGACAUCCUUCGGUGCCUUUACAAAUCUAAUCAUGUGUCUGUUCCUCGCUUGCAUUUGCUUCUCUCUAAUACUGUUAAAUAAAAAUGGCAGCGUGGUCGACAGCAAAGUAGGUCUAGCCAUAUCGCAAUCGUUGAUCCUGGUCAGUUGUGUGCAGUACGGCAUAAAAGAGUCCAUUGAGACGAUGUCGCUGAUGACCUCCGUGGAGAGGAUUCUUCAGUAUACGAAUCUUCCCAAGGAGAAGCCCAUUACCUCGGGCAAUCCGCCGCCGUCCACGUGGCCGUCUCAAGGACAACUGAUCUUGAAGAACGUCAAUAUGAAGUACCAUAGGGAUGGCCCAUUGGUUUUAAAGAAUCUGAACGUAGCCAUCGAGCCCGGCUGGAAGGUCGGAGUAAUGGGACGCACUGGCGCCGGCAAGUCCUCCCUGAUCACGGCGCUCUUCCGUCUGUUCAACGAAGGUCUGGAGGGCGAGAUUAAGAUCGACGGUCGGGACACAAGCACGGUGGGCCUGAGCGAGCUGCGCUGCAAAAUUUCCAUUAUACCGCAGGAACCGGUGCUCUUCUCCGAGAGUCUGCGUUAUAAUCUGGAUCCGUUCAAUCAGUACGACGACAUGAAGCUGUGGGAGGCGCUGCGGCAGGUCGAGCUGAACCACGUCGCGUUGGACCACAAUGUCUUCUACGGUGGUCACAAUUUUAGCGUCGGUCAGAGGCAGCUCAUAUGCCUGGCUAGGGCCAUUUUGAGAAACAACCGUUUGCUCGUUCUCGAUGAGGCCACGGCUAACAUUGAUUCGCGCACCGAUGCCUUAAUUCAGGAUACAAUAAGGAAGAAUUUUAAAGAAUGCACCGUCAUUACAAUAGCACAUCGUUUGAAUACCAUUAUAGACAGCGAUCGGAUUAUCGUUAUGGACAACGGUUCUAUUGUGGAAUUCGAUUGCCCGUACGAGCUAUUGCACGACAAACCGAACGGUUAUUUUUCACAAAUGGUGGAGAAGACGGGUAUUCAGAUGGCGCAAAGUCUUUUGCAACAGGCGAAGAAAGCUUGCGAGAAGAAUCAUCGUAAAUUGAACUUGUCGGUGCAAAAUACCGAUAACGAGAUUGACGCUAUCAUCGCAGAACAGUCCAAUUUAUAAAUACUUCUAUCAACAAAAUCUUAUA